AUGAGCCACACUCCAGUUGAACAGUCCGUGGAGGACUUGAUCGUCCUGUUCCACAAAUACACCAAACCUGAUGACAAGAUUGACAAGCCGGGCCUGCUGAAGAUGCUGAAGGAGAAUUUCCCUAACUUCCUCAAGGCUUGUGGCCGGGAGAAGCCGUACUUCGUCACCGAGCUGUUCCGGGCAGCGGACAAGGACAAGGACAACCAGAUCUGCUUUGACGAGUUCCUGUACGUCCUGGGCCAGCUGCUGAGGGACUACCACCUGCAGUACCACCGGCAGCUGUGCGCCCACUACUGUGCCCAGCACAGCCUCUACUAG